AUGGAUUCUACCACUCUGAGUACUGAAAGAGAAAAAAUUGUAGUUAGAGAUUAAGAAAUAGUCAAUCCUGAGGAAUCUUAAAAUAAUCAGAAUUCAAAGUUGUUCAAGACUUCUAAUUAAAAAGAUGCAUUGAGUAAAUUGAAAGAAUUUGAGCCAGAUCAAACUUUAACUAUUAAUAAUUUGACUUAAUUUACCCCAAGAUUCGAUGAAAUUGAUCUUGGAGACAUUAAAGAAUUUGAUAAGAAAGUUUUUCAAUGCUUCAUUGAGGAAUCUCAACAAGUCUUAGAUCUUAAUGACUUCGUGAACUAUAGCGGGCAUAUGGAUAAAGGACAAAAAGAAGGUGAUGGAGGUAAUUAUGACAAGGUAAAUCAGCAAUUUUACUAUGGAGGUUGGAAUCGAGAUUAAAAGUUUGGAUAUGGAAUAUGCUUUUACAAUGUUAAGCAAAUAAAAUCAAAAGAGAAAUAUAUUUCUUGGAGUUAUGACUAAGUUUAUAAGGGAUAUUGGAAUGACAACUAAAGAUCUGGCUUGGGUUUUCUUAAGAAUCUCAAUGGUGAUAUAAUACUAGCAAACUUUGAAAGAGAUAAAAUAAAAGACUCUUGCUAGGUCUAAAUAAAAUACUUGAGUGGUGAUAUUUAUAUUGGCUAAAUUAAAAAUGAAAAGAGAUAGGGAUAUGGACUGUACCUUUAUGUAAAUGGAGACGAAUAUCACGGAAAUUGGGGAAAAAAUCUAAAAUAGGGUAAAGGGAAAAUUAUUUUCCAAAAGGGAGGUGAAUUUGCUGGUACUUUUGAAAAUGAUGACUUAAACAAGGGCUAUUUUAAAGAUCAUUUGAGAAAUGUUUUUACUUCACUAGAAUAUUCUGAUGAGGAGAAUGAAAAGCUGAAUGGAUAUUUCUUAAAAGGAAAACUAUACAACUAUGGAAAAGCAGAAUAUGCCAACAAAGAAGUCUAUAAAGGGAUGUUUAAAGAUGGUAAAAGAUGUGGACUUGGGAAAAUGACAUAUCUUUAGUAUAAUGAAAAGUAAGGAAAUCAAGAAACAUCUGAGUAUGAUGGAGAAUGGAGAUUAAAUAUGAGGCAUGGAAAAGGGAUUCAAAAGUGGUCGGAUGGAUCAAUAUUCGAAGGAGUAUGGAACAUGGAUAGAAAAGUAAUUGGGAAAAUGUAAUUAACUGAUCGAUCAGUUUAUUAGGGGCCUUUCAACAGUGAAAAAUUUCAUGGAAUAGGCGAAUUGUUUUUUCCUGAUUAAAAUGUUUUUAAGGGACUUUUUGAAAAUGGCAAUUGCCACAAAUUUGGAAUGAUGACCUAUAAAGACAAAAGAGUCUACAUAGGUGAGAUGUUGUAAGUAUCGUUUGAAAUUUUUAAUAAAUAAUGUAGGGACUAUAGAAUGGAAGGAAUUGGCUGUUUGAUAUAAAUUAAUGGAGAUACUUACGAGGGGGAAUUUGUAAAUGAUUAGGCAACUGGAGUUGGCUAAGUGUUCUACUAGAAUGGAGAUUACUAUAUUGGAUAAUUGGAAGAAUAUAAGAAGCAAGGAGCAGGCAGAUUUUAUGAAAAAAUGAAUCGCAGAUCUUAUUUUGGAAGAUUUUAUCAAGACAAGAAAGAGGGUGAUGGUUAUUACUUCUAUGAUAAUGGACAGGUAUAUUGUGGAAAUUUCAAAAAUAAUCUUGAAGAGGGUGUUGGUGAAUACAUUGAUAAAAAGGAUUUAAGAGAUUUGUAAGACUUUUAAGAUUAGAGGGUAAAGGAUAGAAUCAAUUAUAUAGAGAAAGUUUUAUCCACUGGGUAGAAAUCAAUUGAAGUUGACAGAGAUUUAUUUAGGAAAAAGAUAGUAAUAUAUAACAGCAAGCAAUGA